AUGCAUCCACAAAGUCUGGCUGAGGAGGAGAUAAAGACAGAGGCUGAUGUGGUAGAAGGGAUGGAUGCGUCAACACGACCUAAAGUCCUGGAUCCACCAGGAGCUGCCCCUCAGAAAAGAAAAAUCUCUAGUCCUACUCACUCCUCCAAUGGGCACUCUCCCUCUGACACAUCGCCCAGCCCCCACAAGAAGAAGAAAAAGCCUGGUGCUGUUAACAACAGUAGCAAAGACCAGUCAGAGCUAAGACAUGGUCCCUUUUACUAUAUGAAGCAGCCAGCACUCACCACAGACCCUGUUGAUGUUGUACCGCAGGACGGCAGGAACGACUUCUACUGCUGGCUGUGCCACCGCGAGGGCCAGGUGCUCUGCUGUGAGCUCUGCCCCAGGGUGUACCACGCCAAGUGCCUCAAACUGCCCGCUGAGCCUGAGGGCGACUGGUUCUGCCCAGAAUGUGAGAAAAUAACGGUUGCUGAAUGCAUUGAAACGCAAAGCAAAGCAAUGACAAUGUUGAACAUCGACCAACUCUCGUAUUUGCUGAAAUUUGCACUUCAGAAGAUUAAACAGCCUGGGACUGAGCCUUUUCAUAAACCUGUGUCUCUGGAACAACAUCCAGAUUAUGCAGAGUACAUAUUUCACGCCAUGGACCUGUGCACCUUAGAAAAGAAUAUAAAAAAGAAAAUGUAUGGCUGCACUGAAGCCUUUCUUGCUGAUAUGAAAUGGAUAUUACACAACUGCAUUAUUUAUAACGGAGCUAAUCAUAAAUUAACAGCAACUGCAAAAGUUAUAGUAAAGAUUUGUGAACAUGAGAUGAAUGAGAUUGAAGUGUGUCCAGAGUGUUACUUGUCUUCGUGUCAGAAACGUGAAAACUGGUUUUGUGAACCAUGUAGUCAACCUCAUCCUUUGGUGUGGGCCAAGUUAAAAGGUUUCCCCUUUUGGCCAGCUAAAGCACUCAGAGAAAAGGACGGUCAGGUCGAUGCUCGAUUCUUUGGACAACAUGAUCGAGCUUGGGUUCCAAUCAAUAACUGCUACCUGAUGUCUAAAGAAAUCCCGUUUUCUGUGAAGAAGACAAAGAGUAUUUUCAACAGUGCCAUGCAGGAGAUGGAGGUGUACGUCGAAAACAUUCGCAAGAAAUUUGGAGUUUUCAACUACGCACCUUUCAGAACUCCAUACACCCCAAACAAUCAGCUCCAGAUGCUGCUGGACCCCAAUAACCCCAGCAGUGGAACGGUUAAAAUUGAGAAGCCAGAUAAACUCCGGUUGAACUUUGAUACUACUGCGUCACCUAAAAUGGUCCUAAGUAAGAGUUCGAGUGGGAUGGGCAGGAGGGUGUCCAUGACGGAGAUGCCACGCUCUCCCAUGAGCACCAACUCCUCAGUGCAUACAGGCUCCGACGGAGAGCAGGACAUGGAGAAGCCCGUCAGGAACCCAGCCUUUCACUACAGCACUGGGGAGGAGUCUAUGGACUGCACAGCAUCACCUAUGUCUGGAAAGAUGGGUGCUGCAGGCAGCACAACAGGAAGUCCAAAACCGAGCUUAGUACCAAAACAAGAGCGGACGGCAGGCACAGGGGGGAUUCUCAAUCUCAAUCUCGAUCGAGUGAAGGCAGAGAUGGACCUGAAGGAGCUGAGUGAAACAGUCCAACAGCAGCAGCAGCAACAACAGGGAGCAGUGCUCACUCCUGCUACGCCCAAACGACCCCUGAGAAGCCUGGACAAGACUAUUGAGAGCUGCAAGGCUCAGCUAGGAAUAGAUGAGAUCUCUGAAGAUGUCUACAAAGAUGUGGACCACAGUGACUCUGAGGACUCGGACAAAUCAGACUCGAGUGACAGCGAGUACCUGAGCGAUGAAGAACACAAACCAAAGAGCUCCACUCAACACAAAGACAAACCGGAGCGAAAAAGGCCCAAAACAACCAACGAAGGGGACAGUAAACAGCCAGACACCCAGGACAAAACCAAGACGCCGCUGUCUCCUCUGGAUAAAAGCAGAGUGGCUGAAGACGGGAAGACGGCUACAAAAACAGCUGAACAAGACUCUGAUUCUGAGAGGGAACUGGUGAUCGAUUUAGGGGAAGAGCAUGGAGGACGGGACGCAAAACGGGCAAGAAGAGAUGCUGCAGCAGCCAAGAAAGAAGCUACAGUGAAAACAGAAGCUUCCUCAGCCUCCAGUCAGAAAGACUCUUUGCAGCCAGUGUUGGCAGCAGCCCUCAACAUGGCCACAGCGUCUGCACCAGGCCUGUCCUCCAGUACCACCACCACCAACUCAACCAGCACCCCUCCUCCUGCAUCAGCAUGCUCUCCUUCCCCUGCUCCCUUAAAGAAACAACGCCCCCUGCUUCCCAAAGACACUACGCCACAGCCAGCGCAGCAACAAGCAGUCGUGUGGACACCAACAAAAGUUCAGACGCAAAAAUAUCACGCACAGAAAGUCCCAAAGCAGCAGCAGCAGCAGCAGCACGGAGAGACGUCUGCAGCACAGUCUCAAAUUCAAACUCGUAGUCCACAGCAUCUGCAGGGCCACCAAAACUCCUCCAGCACGCGUUACCAGACCCGGCAAGCGGUUAAAGGGCAACAAAAAGACACCCCUCAAAAUUCUCUCAGCAGCAGUUCUUCGUACGUGUCCGGAGAAGUGCAGAUCCCAACGGUUUCAGCUGAUGUCGCAGCAGACAUAGCAAAGUAUACAAAUAAGAUGAUGGACUCAAUCAAAGGAACAAUGACUGAAAUCUACAAUGACCUCUCAAAAAGUACAUCCGGAAACACUAUUGCUGAGAUUCGACGGUUGCGGAUAGAAAUCGAGAAGCUUCAGUGGUUACAUCAGCAGGAGUUGGCAGAAAUGAAGCAUAACUUGGAACUAACCAUGGCAGAAAUGCGACAAAGCCUGGAGCAGGAGAGGGACCGGUUGGUGGCGGAGGUGAAGAAGCAGAUGGAGGUGGAGAAGCAGCAGGUCAUCGACGAGACCAAAAAGAAGCAGUGGUGCGCAAACUGCAGGAAGGAGGCCAUUUUCUACUGCUGCUGGAACACCAGCUACUGCGACUACCCCUGCCAGCAGGCACACUGGCCCGAGCACAUGAAGUCCUGCACACAGUCCGCCACAGCGUCACAACAGGAGCCCGAGGCAGAGUCCAGUUCAGACCCUUCCCUUAAAUCUUCAGGACUUUCCCCAGCCGCUCAGACCCUGCCCCCUGCACCAGGAGGGGGGGCAGAGAAGAGCAUAUCUCCCUCGUGUGGAGAAAAAAACAAAGAUGGAGCUGCUGUUACAGUGACCUAA